UCCAGUGCUGAUUGAGCAGGCUGCUGUUACUGUUGCAGUCUCUGUCACUGUUACAUCAGAGGUAUGGUUGUCAACUAGUACACCUGCUGAAGACCUCUCUCCUCUUGGAUGCCACACAUGGACACAGUCGCAUUUGGACAGUAUGGGCUCCAGACUGAAACAAAACCCUGAGCGAACCUUCUACUGGUUCUUUGAAGCAACUUGCCCUGUAGCCAGAGACAAAGAUCCUGGACUGCUGUUUCAGUUUCCAGAAGACUUCAAUGAUGAGGAGUCCUGUCAAACAUUGCCCAGGUUCUGCUUCCCGUAUGAUAUACAAAGAGUGAGAGAUGGGGUGGCUGUGCAGCACUUUACUUUUGUUCUAACUGACCUUGAGGGAUGUCAACGCUUUGGCUUUUGCCGUCUCACCAACAGCACACAUACCUGCCUUUGCAUUCUAAGCUAUCUUCCAUGGUUUGAAGUGUUUUACAAACUACUCAACAACUUGGCUGACUAUCUCUCAAAAGGGCAGACCAGUGAAAUGAAAGUUCUUUUGGCAUCACUCUACAACCAGCCCCUUCCACUGGCUGCUGGAUCCGUCACCCUGCAGAUGGGAGAGCAGGUUUUGGUCAGCACAGAAGUGUCCCAUCCUGUUGGACACUCAGAGAGACAAAAGGGGGUUCCAUACUUCAUCGCUCCAGACCCCAGAAGUCUCCCUUCCAUACCUGAAAACAGGAACUUGACCGAGUUGAUUGUGGCAGUAGACGUGGGGAACCUGCUUCAGCUGUAUGCCAGUAUGCUGUUUGAGAGACGCAUCCUCAUCUUUGCCAGCAAACUCAGCACUCUGACAUCCUGUGUGCAUGCACUCAGUGCUGUGCUAUACCCCAUGUACUGGCAACACAUCUUCAUACCUGUCCUGCCACCGCACUUACUGGACUACUGCUGUGCACCCAUGCCUUACCUGAUAGGAGUCCACAGCAGUCUAUCUGAGAGGGUGAGGAGUCGUGGGUUGGAGGAAGUUGUUAUUCUGAAUGUGGAUACUAACACCCUGGAAACCCCUUUUGAUGACCAUAAAAGGAUACCUUCAGAUGUGAUGUCCGGAUUGAAGAUGUGUUUGAAGCGCCAAGCGGUGUCACCUGGAUGUGGUGUUUCUCAGGCCUUCCUGAAGGCUCAGGCUCUGCUCUUUGGAGGCUACAGGGAUGCACUGCAGCCUAAUGAGGAAGGAGAAAUAUGUUUCUGCGAAAACCUGUUUUCAGAUCACAAAUCUCCGAGUAUGAAGCAGUUUCUUCAGAGUGCUGUUCAUUUGCAGUGCUUCAAACAGUUCAUCGAUGCUCGUCUGGAUAUUCUGAAUAAUAAAAAUGAACCAGAUGAUCUCUUUGAGGAGGAGAUUAUAAAGUGUGAAUCCACAGCAGGAAGAGGUAAAUCCUAUCAACAGUUAGUUGGUAAUUUAAAGAAAGGAGGAGGUGCUCUCAUCCUCAACAUGAAGUCCAAAGCAAACAUGAGAGCCAAAGUUCUUGCCAAGUCAGGUCUGAAAAACCUGCUGAUACAUAAGGUUAAUGAUGAAGAGCACACCCUUCAGAGAGGUGGAUCGGUAUCACACCGCCGUGCCCAAUCUGACUGCCUGCAGAACCGCCUACCAAUCACACAGCACUUCGGGAGGUCACGUCCCCGUCGACCUGCUCAUAAAUCUAAGACUCCUAGAGACAAGGACAUCAUGAAAGACAGUGAAGAUACAUGGGAUGGGUAAGCUGUGAUGAAAUAUAUUCACUCAUCUACAGAGUGUUUUAGAAUACACUGAGGCUGUUACAGCUUAAGCCAGCAUUGUAUUAACUGCCUAGCUGUACUAAAUAUAGCUGUACUUGUUCAGUUCAAUUUAUGUAGUGCAAAUUCACAACAACAGUUGUCUCUUGGCACUUUAUAUUGUAAGGUAAAGAAUCUACAAUAUUAAUAAGAAACCCCAGCAAACACACAGCUCCUUGCCAAAUGGCAAUAGUGGGAAAGAAAAACUCCCUUUUAACAGGAAGAAACCUCCCAGGAAGUCAGGUAGGGGCAGCAUAAAAGAAACACUAUGAGAGAAAAAGACAGAGUGCAAUAAUUACCAAUGAUUAAAUACAGUAGUCCUGUUUAUAAAGGAGUAAUUUAAAAAAAAAAAAAGUGAGUAAAAAAAGAAACGCUCAGUGUAUCACAGGAUGUCCCCCAGCAGCCUAAUAAAUAAUCUGUGUGCUGUCUCCAAACUGGGAGCUGGUUCUGUAGAAGAGGGAUAGCUGAAAGCUCUGCCUCCCAGUCUACUUUUGAAAAGUCUAGGAGAGACGGAUGGGAUGGAGUUCUCCACACAAGACCAGGAUUUCUCCAGAAUGUUUCCCAGUUAUUUAUGAAACACACACCAUUUUUGGACACCACUGAGACAGUGAGAGGUUUAAGGAGAACAUGACAGGAACACAAAGUAAUAGAGUGAAUGUACCAUUCACCAACUGCUUUUCAGAUUAGGGUUUAAAACAAAAACGGAUAAAACCAGAUCAAACAGGAUUCAGACUCCUUCCCUUUUGCCAAUUUUUUGACUUUAAAUAAAUAAAAUGGAAAUAGGGGUG